CUGGAUUCCAAAGAUUCCACAACUCCUCUCCUCCUCCAUCCAACACUUCUCUCUCUGUUUCCUUCCUUCCUUCCUUCCUUCCUUCCUUCCUUCCGCAACCAAACACACAAAAGAAAAUUGAUUCCGGUAAUAAACUCCCCUCUUCCCCAACAAAACCUCGCUGAUCUCCGCCGGGAAGAUUCAGUGAAACAUAACCCACCACCGUCUGUGGAAGAGAUGGUGUCGCCCGAAAACGCAAAUUGGAUAUCCGAAAUGAUCGAUGAAGACUAUGGGAGUUUCACAAUCCAAGGUCCUGGCUUCUCCUGGCCUCUUCCCCAACCUAUUCCCGCCGUUUCCAGCCUUGGAGUUGAUGGCUCAGCUGGUAAUUCAGAAGCCACCAAGGAACCUGGCUCUAAAAAGAGGACGAGAUGUGAAUCGUCCUCUGCAGCAACUAGCUCCAAAGCCUGUAGAGAGAAGCUGCGACGUGACAGGCUGAAUGAUAAGUUUAUGGAGUUGGGUGCAAUUUUGGAGCCAGGGAAUCCUCCUAAAACAGACAAGGCUGCAAUCCUGGUCGAUGCUGUCCGCAUGGUUACACAACUUCGUGGCGAGGCACAGAAGUUGAAGGACUCCAAUUCAAGUCUUCAAGACAAAAUCAAGGAGUUGAAGACGGAGAAGAACGAGCUGCGAGAUGAGAAGCAGAGGCUGAAGACAGAGAAAGAGAAGCUGGAGCAACAGCUGAAAGCCAUGAAUGCUCCUCAACCAAGCUUCUUCCCAGCCCCACCUAUGAUGCCAACUGCUUUUGCUUCUGCGCAAGGCCAAGCUCCCGGAAACAAGAUGGUGCCAGUCAUCAGUUACCCAGGAGUUGCCAUGUGGCAGUUCAUGCCUCCUGCUUCAGUCGAUACUUCUCAGGAUCACGUCCUUCGUCCACCAGUUGCUUAACUGGGAGUAACAAAGAAAACCCUCAAGAAAAUCAUCAACUGGUUUGCUUCUCGCUUCCUCUGAAAAAAAGAAAAGAAAAAGAAACGUCCAUUUGUUUUGCUCUCCUCUUUCUUAGUCUUAUGGUUGCUUUGGGUUCAUUGGUGUUAUCCUCUUAUAACAAUUAUCUUUUGAACAAUGAUAUGGCAUUGUAAACUCCAUUUACUUGGCGCAGUGUUAUCUAUUCACAUGUAAAUUUUAAGUAGAGUUUGGCA